AGAGAGAGAGAGAGAGGAGGGCAAGAUUCCGCGAUGUGCGUGACGGGGAAGACGUACGAGCAAGAAAUGGAUGGGAAAAGUACGUUCGAAUCUCAGCCCGCUCUGCCCCGUAAAUAGCGUUUUGUACCCCCGUCACGUGAAAUCGAUAUCCCUUAAGAGCCGGUCCGUGAGGUCGUUCGUCAGAACGGUGCACCCUGUUUCACCCGCGCUCCCGGAAGAGGAGGGGAACGCGCGCCGGUCCGCGGGGAGGCUCUGCUGCGGGUGGUGGACAAAACGCGGACGGGGUGGCUGAAUAAAAGAAGAUGCACAGGAAGGGGCUAACGUUUCUCACCGACAUGGGACUGCUAAUGUUCUUAGCAGUAACAGCCUCUCUGCUGGGUUACUGCCAAACGGACGAAAAAGUGUCGUUUUACGGGGCGAGCUACAUCCAUCUUCCGGUUCAAGAGGCCAAGGGUGCUACUGACAUCAGUUUCCGGUUCCGAACUCAUCUCGCCGACGCCAUGCUGCUAUUGGCCGCCGGCAAGACGGAUUACUGCCUGAUCAAACUCGAAACCGGCAGAUUGAAGGUUCACAUUAAUCUGGGUGCGGGCGAGAACGAGAUGGCGAGCGCCCGCGGAUUGACACUGAACGACCUCAGUUGGCACGAGGUCAAUUUGACGAGACGCGAGGCCAACGUCACCCUGCAGAUCGACGUGAUACACAUAGAGAGAUCCCACCUACCGGGCCGCUACUUCGAGCUAAACAUACAGUACGGGGUCUUCAUCGGCGGACAAGGCGACUUCAACGAGCUAUUUCUAGGACACACGGAUUAUCUGAGGGGAUGCAUGGCCGACAUAAUCUACAACGGCGCCGGAGUUAUAGAAUACGCCAGGUCGAGGAAGGGCCAGUCGGAGGCAACAGCCGUAACGUGGGGCUGCUCGCCGGAAUUCGACGCCACGAGGAGCACGGAAGUCAGCUUCGUCGAGGACGGAGCAUUCGUCGCCAUUCCACGACCCAUCCCGCGUUCCGGCUCGAGAUGGGAAUUCGAGCUGAAGACCGGCUCCGACGGCGGCCUGUUGCUCUACAACACCGGCCAAUCGUCCUACGCCGAUUAUCUCGGCAUCGAAUUGUUUGAAGGCAAGAUUCGGCUGCUGAUGAACAAGGGGAACGGCCCGUCCGAGCUGAUACACGGCACCGUGGUGGCCGACGGCAAAUGGCACAGCGUCGUCGUGGACUUCAACCCGAGCGGUAUCGGCAUCGCCGUCGACCGUCACGAAAAAACGAUGGCUUUGCCGUCCGGUGGCAAUCGUUUCCUCGACCUGGCCGACACGCUGUACAUCGGCGGCACGGAGCUGAACAAACGCGCCCGUGCGCUCGGCAAGGGUCUCCGGUCGGGCGACGUGAGUUACAAGGGCUGCAUACGGAACAUGGUGCUCGACAACAAGGACCUCGGUCUACCGGACGUUAAGGUCAGCCAGGGUGUCGUCGUGGGCUGCGUAUGGGGCUUCCCGUGCGUCGAGGCCGACCCGUGCGUAACCGGCGCUACGUGCUCGCAGCUGGGCGUCAGCUCGUUCAAGUGCAACUGCGAGCAAUCCCUGUGCGUCAAGCCGAAUCACGCCGACGAUUACAAGAUCUACUCCAACGGCACUCUGCCCGUAAACCUGGAGAUUCUCUCGCUGAGUCCACUUUUGGUUUCCGAGGGGGAGCAUGUUCUGGUAACGAGCAAAAAUAUCGGGAUGGUGCUGGACAUCGCUAAAUACGGCGUGGGGGAGGAGGGUGUUAUAUUCACCUUGGUGACGCCGCCAACUUACGGCACAUUGGCGCUCGACCUGCUAACGACUCGGAGUGACCACUCCUUCACGUUACAGGAUAUCAAUCAAGACAAGAUACAGUAUAUGCACGACGGUAGCGAAACCACAGAGGACAGCAUGAUUCUGGAACUGACAUUGGUGGCCGGGACAGGCUACACGCUGCCAGGAUACCUCCAAGGACGCCUCAGUUUUCCUCUUCACGUUAAUGUCACUCCUGUCAAUGACCCUCCAUUGCUCGAGAUACCGACCGCGAAAGUGCUGCGUCUAGCUCAAGGCACGAGAAAAACACUGACCAAGGAGUUAAUAUGGGCCAUAGACGCCGACACUCCUUCGGAAAUGCUGAUCUACACGGUUUUACGCGCGGAUACCGACGCAGGACACAUCGAGAGAGUCACCACUCCGUUCCGACCUAUCGACAUGUUCACGCAGGCCGAACUGAUACAGGGUCUCAUCGCGUACGUGCAUCGUGGAAAUGCCAAGCCGAACGCGAUGCUGGGCCUGCAAGUGAGCGACGGCAUCGAGAGCAGUCAACCGGCGUACCUGCGCGUAUCGGCUUAUCCGUUGCAGAUCAAGCUGACGCACAACACCGGCCUCGUUGUGGUACAUCGUUCGUUCUCCUACCUGACGCCGGCGAAUCUCUCGUUCGCUACCAAUUCCGACGACAACACCAUCGAUAUCCGUUACGACAUCGUCUCGCUGCCGCAGCACGGUGUUUUGCAAAAGCUCAGGGACGUCACCGGCGUCUGGACGAACGUGGACCACUUCACCAGUCGGGACGUGGAGUCGCACAUCGUUCGCUACCUCCACAACGUCGGCAGUCCUAAUCAGGACGAAUUCAAGUUCCAGGCGAGCGUGCGCGAAGUGAAGACGCAACAGACCUACGACUUCCGUAUCACUUUCAUUGACCUCGAGCUGAGGGAAGGCAGAAGAGUGCCCGUUAAUCUCACCGGCACGUCGAACAUGACUAUCACGGGCAACCACUUGAGGUACCAGACGAAUCCAUUAGUUACGUCGCCGAGUAAAAUUGUUUUUACUCUCACCACGGGACCAAGAUACGGCAAUCUAUUUCUGUCCGAUCGCAAGCUCGGGACGGGCGACACCUUCACGCAGGAGGACGUCGAAGCCGGCAGGCUGAUCUACUAUCUGUUCCGACGGGCUUACUCCAAUAUUCUCGACGAAAUAACCUUUAAAGUCAAUGCACCCCAGUGCGUCGACAUACACGCCAACUUGAAGCUCCAAUAUCACGUCGGUAAGAACGUCGGCAAAUCGCUCGAGGGGCUGGAGAGCCUGAGGGUCGACGAGGGCUCGAAAGUGCCUCUGAGGAUCACGCAUAUGAAUCCGAAGGAAUACGGUAUAUCUUCCCUCGUGUAUAAUCUCACAAUAAAGCCGAAUCACGGCUGGCUCUCGAUCGCGAAUACCUCGCGAUCGCAGGAACAAAGAAAUGUCUCGUCCUUUACGUUCGAGAAUUUGUUGACGCAGACGGUAUACUACGUGCACGACGACUCCGAGACGAAAGAGGACUCCUUCGAGUUCGUGGCGGUGUCCCUGGAUGCCGUGGACUUUAUGUACGUCGGGCAAUUUCGCGUCGAGAUUAACAUGAAGAACGAUAAUCCGCCGGAACGUACGGUCGACCGGGUCUUCCACGUCGUGUCGAGGGGCGAGAAACUGAUUACCAGCAAGGAUCUCGCUUACAUGGACAAGGACAUCGGCACUAAAGCGAGCGAGCUCGUUUACACCAGGAGGGACGCCCGGAAGAGCGGAAUAUUCCGGAUUACCAAUCCCUCGGUGCAAAUACGCGAGUUCACGCAGCAGGACAUCAACGACGGCGCGAUACUUUUCCGGCAUUACGGUGACGAACGCGAGAAAAUCGAAUUCGGUAUCAGCGACGGUCACUUUUACAGAACCGGCGCUCUUGAGAUCCAAGCCAGCCCGCCCUACAUCAGAUUGCGCGAGAGCAACGGUUCGGUGGUCCAAUUCAACAAGUCCGUGGUGCUUCAUCCGAAGGAGUUGGAGAUAGAAACGAACGUGUACACCACCGAGAAAGACGUCAAGUACACCGUGUGGGAGAAACCAAAGCAUGGUAUACUGCUGAAGCACGGUAGAGAGUCCAACGGUUUCACGGAGGACGAUUUGCGGCACGGCACUGUCGCGUACAAGCAUCUCGGUGGAUCUCUCACGAAGGACGUCUUCAAGUUCAAAGUAUACGUGAAAGGUGCAGAGGCCGAAGGGGCGUUCGCGAUCAAGGUCUACCCGGAGAGCUACUGGGAGACGUUGAUCGUCCAAAAUAACAAGACAAUCUUCGUCGAGGAGGCUACGAGCGUGCUGCUGAGCCGAAAAAGCCUCGAGAUAAUGCAUCCGAAGAUAUCGCCGAGCGAGAUCGUUUACCACGUGCGAGAGUGGCCGGUGAACGGCUACUUGGACUUGCAGAUCCACGACGAGCACAGUGAGGAGACCAAGGAAGAGUACAGCGGCAACGCGGUGAAGCACUUCGAGCAGAGCCUCAUCAACGACGGUCGCGUCUUCUACGUUCAGUCGGUGAUGAAUCAAACGAACGAUCGCUUCGUCAUUGACGCGACCAAUGGCAUCACGUGGCUGCGCGGCCUGAGCGUGAACUUUGUCAUAGUGCCGGAGAAACUCUACGUCGAGGCGAAGAGCUUCGUCGUGGUGGAGGGAAAGAGCGUGAUACUGGACGAGUCGAACUUCUCGGUAGUUACGCCUUAUUACGCCGGCAAAGUGACGGAUUACAGGAUCGUGGAGAAGCCGAGGCACGGCACGAUCGUCGACUCCACGAAGAACGCCCAGGUGAAGAAAUUCUCGCAGAAGCAUCUGAAUGCCGCGGUCAUACUUUACAGGCACAACGGGGAUGAAUUCCCAAGGGAUGCCUUCAGGAUGGUCGUCACGGCUGGCGACAAGACCAGCGAGCCCUUUGACGUGCCGAUCACGGUUCAACCCGUCAACGACGAGAUCCCGGUGCUGGUGAACAGAACCAAGCUGAACGUCUGGCAAGGCGGGUCCGUCGUCGUGACAUCCGCGAAUCUGGCAGCCGUGGACAACGACACCGAGCCGUGGGAUAUCAUGUUCAACGUGACCGGAGCGAGGAACGGGUACAUCUCGUUAAUUAAUUCUCCCGAUACGGACAUCUAUAAUUUCACGCAAAGUCAAAUCAACGAAUCGCAGGUGGUGUUCACCCACACAAAUGGCUCCGACGGCGAGUUUAACUUCGUAUUGAGCGACGGCGUGCACACGACGGAGUCUUACACGAUCUUGGUCGCCACAAAGCCAGUUCGUCUGAACAUCGAGUACAAUAUGCCCCUUAACGUUUUCCCCCUUACCAGGAAAUUAAUAUCGGACAGGCUUUUAUUAACGACGUGUUCAGACGAAGCGAGAGAGAUUAGAUACACUGUGCGAAAUGGACCCCAUUUGGGCAAAGUUAUAAUGGAGACAAGUGAGGGCGUAUGGCUCGAGGUCGAGCGAUUUACUCAGAGAGAUAUAAACAAUAGCAAAGUGAUUUACGAGCACACCAAGCAGUUCAUGGACCUGACGGCCAACGACUCUUUUACGUUCGACGUGGAAGCACAUUUCGCUGGAACUUUAACAAAUCAGGUUUUCCAAAUAGAUAUAUCGGUUUCAAGCGGUGGCCUAGACAGAUAUAUCUUAGCGAAGAACGUGAGAGUCGUGGAGGGUGGAUCCGCGCAGGUCGUCAUGAACAUCAGCGACAUCGUGUCGUUCUUGCAAAUCAACGCUGGGAUCGAAUAUCCGGCGGUUCUCUCAAGAUUGGUUCAUCAGCCUAGCCACGGCCACGUGAUGCUUCUGCCGGAUUUGAACGUGACUACCUUCACGCAGCCGCAAAUCGAGGGUGGAAAGAUAGCUUACUACCACGACCACUCGGACACUCUAGAAGAUCGCAUACAAUUCUCCCUGUACUUGACACCCGGCCACGUGUUGCUCUGCAACACCAGCGUGCCCGUCAUCAUCGAGCCGGUCAACGACGAGCCUUUUAAGCUCGUCACGAACGCCCCGUACAUUACGGUCGUCCAGAAUCAAAAUCAGACCAUUACACAUGAGAAUCUCCUCACGACCGAUCCCGACACACCACCGGAGGAGAUCAUCUACGACGUGAUCUCGGGACCGACGUACGGCAGACUGCUGCUUCUAUCCUCCGACCAAAACACCUCGGAAGUGCGACAAGUGAACAAGUUCUCCCAGUACGACGUGGACUCCAAUCGAGUGGUGUACGAGCACAACGGGCCGCUGCAAGCCGCCUCCUUCUACUUCAGGGUCUGGGACGGUCAGUUCAAUCCAGCUUACACUGUCUUCAACGUCCACGUGCUGCCCAUACGUUUGAACGUGACGGUGCUCGGGCCGGUGAGCUUGCAGCAAGGCUCGAACGUGGCUCUCGUGUCUGAGAGCAACAUAAAACUCGACACGAACGCGCGGCAGGACCUGGUGACCUACGAAAUCACGACGCAUCCGAGGCACGGAGUGCUAUACGUGAGGGACAACGCCGCGGCGACCUUCAAGCAAACCGACCUGCUGUCGAAGAGCGUGAUGUUUAUGCAGACGGACAUGACGGUGUCGAACGACAGCCUGGAACUAUCGGCGCGCUUGAGCGGUUUCGAGCAGCAGCACAUAUGCGUGGACAUCAGAGUGAUGCCGCUCAUGAUCAUGAAUCCGAUGAUAGCAUUGGCGGGCGAGAAGAACCAAAUAACUCUCCGGUACCUGGACGCGACACCUUUGGCGAAGCUAACGACCAGCAAUCCUCUCUACAGCAUCGUGAGGAAACCAAAGUUCGGCAAGGUCAAAAGAAUCAUCAGGAGCUCCACGUCGUCCGGCGAGAAGAGAGGCACACGUGAGCGGGAGGUGGCGCGUUUCUCGCACCAGGAGGUCGUCUCUGGCGUGAUAUACCUCGUCUGCAGGAAAAUACCCUCGAUGGAGUAUGAAGGCAUCGCGGACAGCUUUAGUUUCAUCUUAGCGGCGUCCAUCUUCCAGCCGGCGGUGGGCGAUUUCGAGUUUCGGAUCAAACACGACACGGACGACGACAACAUCACCUUGGGCGGCCCGAUGGAUCCGGUCGGUCACGAGGGUGAGAUGGCAAUCGCGCCGAACAUGAGCAACGACUACCUGCUGAUCCUCGGUAUGUUGCUCGGCGUGUUCCUCCUCGGUGUGGUGGUGAUCAUCACGAUCAGGUGCCGGCACAACAGAUACAAGCACGCCGAGGAGGAGAAGCCGGAAAACACACCCGCCGUCGGCGUAAUGCCGCUUCCCAGACCUCCGGAUCAUCUAAUGCCUGCGACUCCGCACCUCAAGCCCUUCGGCAACGAUCACAAUAGCGUGACGGCCAGCACGCCUCUGCCAGUGUUACCGUCGACGUUGCCGCAAUGCAAGGUGAUACCGUUGAGUCCUCUGGAGAGCGGUUCAGAGGUCGACGUCUCCGCCAGGUAUCCUUACGGGGUGGCGGACGGCGACGAGUGGAGCAGCUUCGACACUUCCGAUCUACCUUGUCAGUCGGCCACAACUCAGAGGACCAAGAAGAACCCGUUGCUGAGGAGGGAUCAGUACUGGGUCUAGCAGGAGACGAACGCGUUGCGGCUCAUGCGAAGGAAGCCGUAGCGUCUCGCGAUGUGUUUCGUGCCAAACUGUAUCGAGACUAUCGUGGAUAUCACGGACUUAAUGUGCCUAAGGAAAGUGAAAUCUGCGACGGGAUUUACAAGAGUCGUUCGUCGAACCCCGGAAUCGUCGCAACGGACGCGUGAGAUCGACGGUGAACGACGUGAGAACGACAUGAAACUUCGAUGGUGCGGCAUGACCUCGGUGACUGUGUCGGCGUGUCGGUGCAUCGUCCGGUUGUAGUUUGGAGAAGAAUGACAAACGAAAAAUGAGAGAGAGAAAGAGAGAGAGAGAGAGAGAGAGAGAGAGAAAAGGAAAAACGAAGGAACUUCUAGACGGAGACCCUGCGGAUCGGACAGAGAACGAUCGGCGAUCGACGGACUCGCGAUCCGGAGGUAGUUCGCAGUGUCUCGUGUACUACUAGCCUAAAACGAUAUAAGCAGAAAUCUAGAGAACCUCCUUGAAUGUCACGACUAUCGCCGCUAUCACGAGCUCAAUGUGCCUAAGAGAUGUCUGACUCUGCCUGACAUUUUUCCACUAAUCGCAACGUCGAUUUUUCCUGUACGCCCCGCUCAACGUUCCUUCCCUACGGCAGAUCGAUAUACAUAUACCCGGCCGGCAGAUGAAAACGGCGAAUCACAAUUCUGUCCGCUGAAUGUCGGGACAGAUUCCUGCCGGUGAAAAUCACAGUCUCGAUUCUAAACCGGAAAAUCUGUCCGUCGGUUCACUGGCUCGUUUUAGAGUGCAGACCUUCAGAAGGAUCCGUAAUAAUAAAGUAAUUCUUUUACGUUUCUCUCGAUCCCUUCCCACUUUUUACACUUUUUGUAAACUUAGAACAGUAAGAAGUACCAAGUUACGAAAAUGGCAUUUAUCGAUCCCUACUGUCGUAAGUUUCAGGUGAAAUCAAAACCGAGGCGGAACUUUCGCUCUGCCUUAAGCUACAUAGACGAAGGCCAGGAUCGAGUAAACGGGAACAAUGCGGGAACUUUGCGACUACGAUCGUAAAACGAUCCGAUAUCUACGGCGCGAUUGUACAUCCGCGCGCUCCUCUUGCUCGUUUCUUGCCAUCAAAGCGCAACCGAAUGCAUUUAUAUUAACACAACUGUACUCCAGUUUGGACAUAUCUUUUUAUACCAUUGUAUUGCCCGAGUUGAGCUUUGAUUUUUCUCGAACGGUCUCGCGUGUACGGUUCAUUCUAUCCGGUUCCACUCCAACUAUCUCAGUGUUAUCCUUGGCUCAUAUCGUGCGAUUAAACGCACAUCGGCAAUUCAUGUUCGUUCACUCAUUCGUUCGUUCGUUCGUUCGGUCGGUCGCUGGUACGGUCAAAUCGCGUUUAUCUUUGCGUGACACGAAACGCGUUGAGUUAUGGUUCUCGUUAAAUAAUGUACGACGGAUAAAAAAAGUCGUAUCGACUGUUUACUGCAUCGCUGGUAAGAGCGAGACUGUCGGUCGAUAGCGUUAAUUCCACACCGCGAAUCAUCGUUUCUCAGCGUUUUCUUCACGACGAAACGUCACAACGAUUAUCUUUCAUGGGAUUACGUAGUAACGCCUAUGCGAGACGCGCAAUUCAUCCGUUUCCCGCGUUAUUCGUCUCUGUAGCGAGCGAUAGACAGUUUGCUUAAGCGACACCAGAUAACACGACUGUUCGACGUAUCUGAAAUUGCGAAUUAUCGUUAACGGUCUAAGUCCGUAAGCCGUUUUUUUACACGAGGCCGUAGAACUUUCCUACUACGAGUCGUUGACGCGCGGCGAGUUCGUAAUUCAUAAGCGAUGAACGGGGUUAUGUGUGUGUGUGCACGGUUCCGGUAUUACGAGAGAAAUUUAUUGACGGGGGCGUGUUGACGAGUUCGUUGAUUCUUAAGAGAAUUUUACGUUACGUUACCCUUAUACGCGAACUCACUUCAACAAAUCCGCUUCCGGCCAAUGCUUAAGCAAGCACGAUAGACGCGAUAGACGUUAUAAAUUAUCGUUUAGCUCGCGAUUUGUAAUUUAUACGAGGAGAUCGGGUGAGCGUUAGAUUUACGUCGCGACGAGCAUCGUGUUGUUAAAUAUAAAAAUUUCACGUCAAUGACAAACGAAGUUGUAACAUUUGGGGUAUCGAAUGACACAAAUUAAUUAGAAGUCACUGAAUGACCACAACAGCUUUUGACGCGAGUCUACUUUAUAUAAUUUGCUAGAAUUGCUUCUGUUAAGAUCAGAGAAUAUUGCUGUUUUAAAAUUCUCGAAAUAAAAUUUCGUACACUUUGCAAAUCCUCGAGCGAACGUCUGGCCGAAAGUGGAUUAACGGCGACUUCCUUGAAAAGAAUCUUAGAAGCGUAUCUAAUAAAGCAGUCUAAUGUGAAUGUUGAUUAUAGCGAUUGUAAUGAUAUAUAAUAUAUAUAUAUAAUGCGAACACACACUCCUACACACGCGUAGAACGUACUACCGUUCCAUGGAUUGAUAGCAUACGCAUUGAUAGAUUCUAAUUAAAGACGUUUUAUCGAAACAGAGAGAGAGAGAGAGAGAGAGAGAAAAGGAGAGAAAGAGAAAAUGAGAAAAAGAGAGAUACCCGUUCGUUGAUUCAUGAAUAUGCUAAAGACGAACCGUUAGGCUUUUUUACAUCCAUCAAAAACGAACUGAUCCGAGUGCCAAACUUCUAUAAUCUAUGAUAUUGCAUAAUUAUCAUAGGAAUGUAUUUUCCCUGCCGACUGAAUGCAUUACUCUUCUAAUUCUAAUAAAUUGAAUGUGCGAUGUUAAGUAAAUACAGUUUAAUUUAUUAUUUAGCACACAUUUUUAUGUGGCUUACUGUUUAAUGUGACAUUA